GCUAAUUAGUAUAAUAUUGGCCUAUUAUAUGAAUAAUUUUAUUUUAAGGGGUUGCAUAGGAAUAGUCUCAUUUCUCUGUGUCAUAAAAGUGAAAAGAAAAAACUGUCCGCGAAAAACAAGAAGUGAAAAAAAAGAACCUGCUUUGUUGCAUUGAGUUAUUUAGUUUUCAGCUUUUCUGUAUAUGACUUACAUUACCCGAUCUUAGGGUAGAAGUUUCAGCAGAUGUAAAAACCCUAUGGAAAUGAUAUUGUUAAUUUUUCUUAACUGUUAAAGUGCGCUUAUAGUUGUCUAUGGUCUUAUGCUUAUGUUCUUUUUCUAUAUGUGUUGCUUCAGGUACAAGUUGGUGUUGCUUGAAAUGAAGUGUUUAAAAGUGGUCUGCGUCACAGGUGUAAACUUUUGGAUCCUUCUUGGCAUAUCAACUCUGAAAAGGUUUUGUGAGCAGUGUCUGAGAUUUAGAAAAGCCCAAGCUUCAGCUUCAGAAAGGCAUUCAUUUUCCUUCCAAAGAUGUUUGCUGUCAACUCUUUCUUCGAUAGAAAGCCAGACUACUUGGAUUAAGGAGCUUACGCCAUCUAAGAAGGUCAACCUUUUCAUCUCAAAAAAAUUCAGAUUGAUUUGUCCAAGACACUUGGGAGCACAGCUUACACAUAAAAAAAAACAAAGAAGAGGUUGAAAGAGCUACUAAAUCCAGCAAUUCUAAAUGAAGGAAUUGCAAGAGGUUGAAAGAGCUACUUAGCAAAGCUACCGCGUGAC